CGCGACGCGCUCCAGCCACAACUGCCGGUUGACCGGCCUCUCCUCCUGCCUUCAACUUCUACACCUACUGCCAUGGAGGCUGGGAUUGCUUCCAGUCAGCGACCUAGUUCUGUGACCGCCGUGUUUCUACAAAAAUCAUGCGUCCAGCACCGAUACAUUCGCUCGCGCGAUACGUCUUGCAUCGUGGAACGUCCUGAGCGCCUACGCGCUGUUCAUGUCGGCCUGGCGGCAGCUGUCGCGCGACUGGAGGAGUCCUCCAAGGUCCGCGGUCCCAGCGUGAAAUCAGAGCACCUAGAAGACCAUGUUCCUCCCGCGGAUGCUCAAGAAACGGAUGCCGACGAACUUGCUUCGGCCCUGGGACGCCUGAACUUGGCCAACGCCUCCGGUAGCUCGCCUUCACGCGUUCCGGUGCAAUUCGUGCAUAGCGAGGCGUCAGUUGACAUUCUGAACCACGCCGCGGUGAAGUUUGUGCACGGCGACGUUGAAAGAGACGUGUAUCUCGAGAACUUGAACCGGUGGGCCGCUGAAAGCCGCGCGAAGAUCGAGAAGGGCGAGAGCGAGAUCCCGGAAGGCUUCUCCCAAGGCGAUCUCUACUUAUGUCCCGAGUCGCUACUUGCAAUACAGGGUGCCUUGGGCACCGUUUGCGAAGCCGUCGAUACCGUCGUUGGUAGCCGCAACUCUGCUCCGAAUACCCAGACUUCACGAGCCUUCGUGGCCAUAAGGCCUCCUGGUCACCAUUGCGGAGAAGACACACCGUCUGGGUUUUGCUUCGUGAACAACGUCGCAGUCGCAGCAGCACAUGCUCAUCUACAACACGGAAUUAACCGUGUCGUCGUGCUGGACAUUGACCUUCAUCAUGGGAAUGGAACGCAAUCCAUCAUCUGGCAAAUCAACGAGGAAUCGUACAGGAAGGCCCUGGAACAAGAGGCAGGCGCGCCCCCCGAUAAACCCGGCUUGCAAGCGUAUUACGGGAGCAUCCAUGACGUUUUCUCCUAUCCUUGCGAGGACGGGAAGAUGGAACUUGUCCAGGCCGCCUCGGUGUCGAUCCACGGGCCGCACGGGCAACACAUCGAGAACGUGCACUUGAAGCCGUACAGCUCCGAAGAGCACUUCUGGGAGGAGCUCUACGCAGGGCCGUACUCCAAGCUCCUCGGCAAAGCCGGCGACUUUCUCGACGAGACGGGUGGUCCGGGCGACGACGUCCUGAUAUUCAUCAGCUGCGGGUUCGACGCCAGUGAGCACGAGUAUCCGUCCAUGUCGAGACACCAGCGCCACGUCCCAACUUCGUUCUACCGCCGCUUCGCCAACGACACGCGCGCGUUCGCGGAUCGGUACGCUCGUGGACGGCUCAUCAGCGUGCUCGAGGGCGGGUACAGCGACCGUGCGCUGAUGAGCGGUGCCAUGGCGCACCUGACCGGCCUAGCAGAGGUGGACGGAAUGAUGGUCGACGAGAGUUGGUGGAACCUACAGAAUCUAGUCGAGCUCGAGAAGGCGACGAAGAAACGCCGAGGUGGGCGAGUCUCCCAACCUACCAUGUCUGCGCCAUGGCUGGCCCGAGCCGUAGAGCUCUUUGCGGGGAUAGACUCUUCGCACCUCGUUCCUGCCACUACGUCCGCACGCAACGCGGUCCCGCCGUCUUCCCGGGUGCUCCGCGAGAGAAAGAUGCCCAAUGUUCCUGCUGAACAGAAUCCAAGCGCAUCAUUGAGGAAACCGGGCGCAAAGAAGGCCCAAACCACGGAGCUCGCUGCUAUGAUCGCAGUACAAGCAGAGACGGCGAACGAACCGUCUGAUAGCGACUCCGUGUCGUCCUUCUCUUCGCUUUCGGACGUUCCUGAUGACGGUCAAGCGCCGAAGAAAUUACCUCGCGUCGUCCUGAAGCUGGGCCCUCGACCUGCGGAGGCCAACACAUCUUGAUAGUCCAUUCAGAUGAGGGGUGUGAUUUCGAGAUCAAGAGCUGUCCAGCUAAGAUACCCUUGUUAAAGAAGGUAACACUAGUGUCUCAAUGUAUCAGUAGUGAUUAAUGAUAUGCAUCGUGCUGAACCGUCAAAUGCUCGGCAAUGUGCUGAUGGCCCAUUCAUAGACACCUAGGAACACAGCGCCGCCAGCUGAUAUCCAGAGUGUCCUCGGGACGACACCACUGAACAAUGCGCGUAGUCCUUCAGACACGUAGAUCUGUUUGAGGCGAGCGGGUAUUGAGGGCAUACUCUGCUUGGCAGUGUC